UCCAUCCCGAUCUCAAUUGCGUUCUCUUCAAGAAGAGGACCCCUUUUCUAGGGCACGAACCCAAUAACACCUUUCAUAUCCUACUGUCCGGACAGCUCCUUGAUUUCUCUCUCAAUCCCUUCCCUCUCUCACCGUACAAUUUCCUUUGUUUCCUCCAACCCCGUCUUUUCGUUCGCUCUCUUUCUACGGUACCUGUUUUCGGGCUCUAUCAAAUUCCUUUUCUUCUGUUCGCUGUCCAUUUCGUUCCCUCUCCAGUCCAUGCAUUUGCUCAAUUUUCUUACGAAACGCAUUGGUUUUAUCCACUCGAAGCUUCUUGUAGCUCCCUCCGUUGAAUUUUAGGGUUUUAAGCUCAGAACUUUUACUGGCGUGCUUGAAUACGUCUAUGGGGCUCUCGAGAGUUUGAAUUCGGGUUUUCUAUUUAAGUGCUUUUGAUUGAGGUGCGUUAGGGUUUUUCAUUCGCUAUUGAGCUGGUGGGAGAGUCUAAGAGAGGCAUUGGUUGAGGUGGGAUGAAUAGUGUAUUCACUGAGCAGAUACUUGCAGAUAAGCUCUCCAAGCUCAACAGCACCCAGCAGUGCAUUGAAACUUUGUCACAUCUGUGUAUAUUUCACCGGAGCAAAGCAGAACUGAUUGUCACAACAUGGGAUAAACAGUUCCACAGUUCACAGAUGGUUCAGAAAGUUCCCCUUUUGUAUCUUGCAAACGACAUUCUACAGAAUAGCAAGCGCAAAGGAAAUGAAUUUGUUACCGAGUUUUGGAAGGUUCUCCCCGGUGCACUCAAAGACGUACUUGAGAAAGGGGAUGAUCAUGGAAAAAAUGUGGUCUCUAGAUUGGUUGCUAUAUGGGAAGAAAGGAGAGUGUUUGGAUCCCGCGGGCGGAGCCUCAAAGAUGUAAUGCUUGGAGAAGAACUGCCUCAACCAUUGGAGUUAAGCAAAAAAAGGUCGCGUUCAGUCAGAAUUGUAAAAAGGGAUUCACGCUCCAUUAGAACGAAAUUGUCCAUUGGAAGUAUGGCCGAGAAAAUAGUGUCGGCAUUUCACUUGGUACUCAGCGAACGUCCCAAUGAAGAUUCAGAAAUGAGUAAAUGCAAGUCUGCGGUUCACCGUGUGAGGAAGAUGGAGAAAGAUGUUGAUAUUUCCUGUCAAAAUGCUAAAGAUCCAAAGCGGAAAGAUCUGUCCAAAGAACUAGAGGAGGAAGAAAAUAUUUUGAAACAGUGCAUUGAAAAACUUAAAUCGGUUGAAGCAAGUAGAGUAGCGCUUGUAUCUCAGUUAAAAGAAGCCCUCCAUGAACAGGAGUCCGAACUGGAGAAUGUCCGGACUCAGAUGCAAGUAGCUCAGGCACAGGCAGAGGAAGCCGGCAACAUGCGGAAGCGAGUUGAUGAUGAAGAUUACGUAUCAAACCCAUCUACUGCAACCACUACAACUGAUGCAAACACAAAAGCAGAACAAACACCUAGGAAGUCAGCUGCUGCCAUUGCAGCUGAGGUUGCAGACAAGCUUGCAGCUUCUAGCUCAUCUCAACUGAUUAUGACUUCUGUUCUUUCUACAUUUGCAGCUGAAGAGGCUAAGAAUGCUGGUCUAACACAGGCCUCAGCACCACCAAAUUCACUCACCUCCAUGCCCAAUAGUUCAGGCUCCGAGUCAAUGGCAAAACCUGAAAUGUCCAUGCCAGUCUCAGAUCCUAAGGCUUUCAUGUCAGCACAGCCAUUUACCGUGCCACCAAAUCAUUCAUAUCAAUCAGUUUUGGUUCCGCAAUCAGCAAUGCAAAACCAUGCCCCAACCUCUCAAGCUCAAUAUCAUAUACUUCCCAACCCAUCCCAACAGUAUUUACAGCCAUCAGGAGGAAUCAUGGCCCCUUAUGGUUAUAAUAGCCUUGUACCCUUACCGCCAGGACCCCCACCUCCCCCACCCCAUAUGGUCAGCGCAAUAGUGCCUUUGACUUUGCAAGUAACUCAGCAGCAAACAAUACCAUUAACACAGCAACCCCCGGCACCUCCUAGUUUCCGGCCACUGCAGCCACCAGGAAUGGUAUACUAUGUUUUCUAAGAAGGAUCUUGGAAUUAUGAAGAGUGUGGGGCAGUCAUGUGUGUGCCUAUUUUCAGCACAAGUGGGGGGAACAGGAAGUUGCAAUUCAACAUUUCAUUGCUAAUCUAAGAAUAAAAUCUCUAAUAAAGAGUGGCAGAUGGUACAUGACUGCCAUAAUGGUGGAGUAAUGGCCAGAGGAGAACCAGGCUGGCGGAUUCUUCUUCAGCACAGCAGCCACAGUCUUCUUUGCAAACUCCUCUGAAGGGGUCGACUUAUCUCCUUGUGAAAAAUGCGCUCUCUCUCGGAUGGCAGCUUCAAAGGGCUUGUAUAGGUUCCAUUCAGGCAUCUGGUUGUAGUUGGCUAUGGCUGAAUUCCCGAUGUUCGACCUAGUAGCUCCUGGGACAACAUUGAUAACAUGGAUCCCAAAAGGUCUAAGUUCCAAUCUGCAUGUAACAUGGAGUUUCUGUUACCAGAUGUAAACUUCGCUUAUUAUAAGGAUUGAUCCAGGGAAUAUACAUACCUCAAUGUAUCAGUCAGUGCAUGCAGAGCAGCUUUGGAUGCAGUAUAGGCACCGGACCAUGGUCCAGGACCCAUAACAGUUAUGCUUCCAACAUUUACAAUCUUUCCUUUUUUCCUGGAUGCCAUGUGAGGAACAACUGCUUGAACCAACCGUAGUGGACCUAUCAAGAAUGACAAUAUAAACAAAGAAAAUGGAUCUUAUUAUACACGCUGUUAACAACGUUCUCAAAGUAAACAAAGAAAUAGGAGAUAUUUGAGAAUGAAAAAAAAAAAAAAAAAAGAAUUAGAAAUGAAGAGAUUCGUUCACCGAGAAAAAACAAGUAGUGGUUGCCUCUACAUGUAA